AUGUCAUAUCAACUGAGUCAUUGUGAGCAAAAAUACGUGGAAAGUCAGAGCCAAAAAGAGGAUAAAUCAUCUAGAGAAUCCUUGGCUCUAGGUGAAAUUCAAAUUGACGGAAAUUUUCUUUCAAAGUAUCGAAAAUUUGUUAAGCUUCGAAUUGAGAAUGAAUUCGGAGAUGAAAGUGUUCGAAGGCUUCCGCAGAACCUAGAAAUCCAUAUGGCUUUGAAAAAGUUGUUCAACUUCUUACUGGGUGGACGAAAAACCCCUAUUAAAGUGGCAGAUGAGUUGGUGUUGGAUUUGAAGAAGGGAGAUAUUUUAAGACUCCCUGAGAAUCUGAAAAUCUGGGUUAAAACUCUUAACUCCGAGAGGACGGAUUUCGAAGAGAUUCUUCCAAUUCUAGAUUCCUCAUGUUUGCCAUUGGAGACUUUGAAACUGGAAAAUGCGCGGCUCCAUAAUCUCCAGAAUCUAGUUUUUCGAACAGCACAGAAUGUGGAAAUUUGGGGAGUUCAUGAUGAGGAUUCAGACGAUUCUGGUUCUGAAUCUGACGGAGAAGACGGCAAUGAAGAGGAAGAAGAAGAGGAAGAUGAACAAGAACUAUGGCUCUCGGAAUUUCAAAAACUCCCAAAUAAGAACAUUUUUAUUGAUUAUCGAUUGUACGAACAAGCCAGGAUAAUGGAUUUGAUCGAGUUUUGGAUGGAGAAUGGAAAAGAAAUUGGAACGAUCUGGAAUUUUGGACGAAGACCAUGUGAAAAUCUGUUUCGCGAGUUGGACACAAUAAAGAAAGAAAUUGGAGGGGCUUAUAGAAGGGUCUCCAUUCGGAAUGCUUUGAUCCUCCCCCUCAACGAUGCUUCUCAACUGAUCAGCAGCCAAAAUGCCAAAGUGCCGCUUUAG